AUGGAGACAGUCUCCCUACCCCACUGGCCCACUCACAGUCUCCUGGUUGGCCAGUAUAUGAAUCUACAAACUACCCCUUCUACUGUUGUGGUACAUUCCUGUAACAAAGCACCUUAUAGACUACAAAACCAUACUCCUCAAGCGAUUAAGCCUGUGCUUACUCAUCGUCCUAAGCGUAAAGGUUUGGGACGGUCAGCUAAUCACACUAGAUGUUUGGUCCCUAUUAAUACCUCAGCCAGUGGAGGGUCUUCAGAUCUGCUCACCACUGGUUGUGGCAGCAAGAACCUAAAAUUUGGUUUUAUAAAUAUUAGAUCUCUGGCUACCAAAGCUUUACUUAUAAAUGAUCUAAUUCUUGAUCAUGGAUUGGACAUGAUUGGUCUGUGUGAGACAUGGUUGAAACCAAAUGUUUUCCUGCCCCUAAAUGAGGCUACUCCACCUAAGUACUCCUAUGCCCAUGUAGCCCGGGCUCAUAAACAAGGCGGUGGUGUUGCCUUAAUUUACAGAGAUAUCUUUAAUUUUACAUCUAAUCUGGAAAAUAAAUUUAAAUCCUUUGAGGCUCUUGUCUUGAGUUCAUCUUCCUCAGCCAUGCAUAGCCUUUCUCCAUUUUAUAUGGUGGUGAUCUAUCGACCGCCUGGUCCUUACUCUCAGUUUUUAGAUGAGUUUGGUGAAUUUUUGUCAGGCUUAGUUACCCAUUCUGAACAGAUCUUGGUUUUUGGAGAUUUUAAUAUCCGUAUAAAUAAGGCUGAUGAUCCACUGAAUAAAGCAUUUUCAAAUCUUAUUGAUACAUUUGGAUUUACUCAGUCUGUUCAAGAGGCAACUCAUUGCAAUGGUAAUAUCCUUGAUCUGGCCUUGUCUAAAGGGAUUGUUGUUUCUGAUCUGACUGUCUUAUCAGCCACCUCUGCUGUGUCAGAUCAUUUUCUUAUUAAAUUUGAGGCAUCACUGGCCUGUCCUGUUAGUGGUGGCACAGAUGUAAUCACUAGUCGCCAUAUUGGUCCCUCUGCUGUUGCUGCGUUUAGCCAGCAGUUGCCUGGAGUUUUGGCUCCUCUCACUGUAGAGACAGGCUCUGUUGAAAACCUUACUAGUUCCCUCAAUGUGGCCCUCUCCAGUCUCCUUGAUACAGUUGCCCCGCUCUCUACCAGACCGAGGCGACUGAAGAGAUCCACACCCUGGUUUAAUGAAGAGAUACGAGCUUUGAAGCAGGCCUGCAGGAGAUUGGAACGACAGUGGCGAAAAUCUAAGUUAGUAGUUUUUUACCUAUCCUAGCAUGAUAAUUUAUUGAAAUAUAAGCGCGCCCUAGCUGUGGCUAAAGCAGCCUAUUUCUCCCGCUUAAUCGCCACUAAUAAAUAUAAUCCUAGAUUUCUCUUUGAGACAGUAGCAAAGCUCACAAAAAACAGCCAUCUGCUACUAGCUUAUCACUUACAGCAGAUGAUUUUCAGGACUUUUUUGGCAACAAGGUUGAGGAAAUCAGGCAAAAAAUUAAUUCUGAAUCCGCUGCAGCUCCUGCGGACUCA